AUGGAAAACCGCCAGCGCAGCACCAACUCGGCGUUCAAUGCCGAGUUUUUGCAGCACGGAAGAUACCACUCGCGCGUUCACCUCCUCGCCUUCCUCCUCCGCGACAGCCAUAACCGCAUCCACCGCUGCCACGUCAUCCACGCCUCGCAGAGCCCACGUCAGCGCGCGGACGAGAGCGGUAGAUUGCCGGUCCGUUGCGCGCCGCCGUGCCCUUUCCAACGCUAUCCGCUCGCGAAUCUCCUCGUGCGAUCGAGGUCCCCGCGGGUUGCUUCCCGCGCUUCCUCCUGCCAGCCUUCCGCCUUUGAAUUCGAGCUUUUCGCCAUACACAUGGACCGAACCGGCAACGAGUCCAUCUGUUUCUCCGAGGCGCGCAGCGGCAAUGGCGUUGCCACGUCUCCGUCCAUCGAACCACGAGAGGAAACCACGGAAUUUCCGGCGUUUCUGCCGCCGCAAGUGACGGAGCUUGAAGAGGAGGCGGCUCGCCAGCUGGCACGGCGCGUUCAGAGGCUGCCAGUACAGACCAACCUUGCUUCAGAACCAAUCAUGAGCGGCUGCAUCGUGCCAAAAAACGCCGGCCAGACAGCCGUCCCCAUCCUGCUCUUCCACGGAUUUGACAGCUCAUGCCUGGAGUGGCGGCGGGUGUAUCAGCGCCUGGAGGAGGGGGGAGCGGAGCCAUGGGCGGUGGACACUCUGGGCUGGGGCUUCUCAGACACCACCAAGGAGCGGGGAAUCCAGUCCUUCUCCGUGGAUGCCAAGAGGGAGCACUUAUACCAGUUCUGGCGGCAACACCUAGGGGGCCGCCCGGCUCUGCUGGUUGGUCCUAGCCUCGGGGGUGCUGCUGCCAUCGACCUCGCUGUGAACCAUCCCGAUGUGCCAGCAGGUCUCCUCCUGCUGGACGCACAGGCGUUUCAGGAGGGCGUGGGCCCUCUUGCCGCGCUGCCAAAGUUCCUGGCAUAUGCUGGGGUAGCUCUGCUGAAGAGUGUGCAGCUGCGCAUGUCAGCAAUUAAGAUGGCAUUCCAUGAUAAGACCCAGUCAACUGAAGACGCAAUGAAUGUUGGCCGCCUGCAUUGCCUGAUGCCUGAUUGGGCCGACGCAAUGGUUGAUUUCAUGCGCUCCGGCGGUUACCACGUGUCCAAGAGAGUGGGCGAGGUCUCCCAGCCAUGCCUAGUGGUAUGGGGGAGCGAGGAUGAAAUUCUUGAACCCAGCCUGGCAGAGCGCUUCAAGGCAGAGCUACCAGACUGCAGGGACGUGGUGCAGCUUCAGGGGUGCGGGCACAUCCCCCAUGUGGAGAGGCCUGCUGACGUGGCACAGCUGAUUCUGGAGUUCUGCUCACAGCUGCAGACCGAGAGGGAGAGAGAUGGCGCAGAGGAAGAAAAAGUGGCUGUGGCCUAG